AUGGACCUACGGAAACCGCUGAGGACGACAACAAGUCGUCCGUCCGUCUAUGAUGAACUCAUUGCGUUGGUGUCUAGAAUAGUCAAGGAGCAGGUGGUCAUUGUCAGUGUCAACGCAAAUGCAAAGGUGGGACUUGAACAACAAUCCGAUGUGCUAGAAAAAUGGUAUUAUCUAGCAGAGCGCUAUCGGAUAACAGUGACCGUCUGGUCGGCUUAG